GUGUGUGUGUGUGUGUUUUGGAGUAAGAUCUCUUCCUUGGGCCUCCCUCUACUCCCAGAACUUGCACAUACCCUCCUGUACUUGUCUGUGACCAAGAGAUAUUUCCAUUUCUCUCUCCAGUGUUCUCAGGGCACCCUCCACACGAGGUAUGUUUCAUGCUCCCCGGAGAACCAUAUACAACAUGCUUUAACUCUUCUCCCUCAUUUCUUGGGCCUCCCCAGGCAAAAAAUCCCUUGAGUCCCAACUCCCUACUACUUUAACAGGUGUGUCAGGGGAGGCAGCGAGGAAGCCUGAACUGCUUUUGCAUUCCUCCCACUGCACCACCCACUUCAAGAAGACAAAACAAAACAAAACAAAACAAAAAACCCAGCCCAAAUUACUCCGGGUUAAUACUCGGUAUUACUGCUCCCCUCAAAUACUUUCCAGUGCUUGUGAACAGAAGGAGCAUAGGAUCUAGAGUUGGGGAAAGAAUCUGGGUUUUUUCCCCCCAGUUAUCCAUUUUUUCCUCACCCUUUCCAGGCUUCUUCACUUUUCCAAAACUGUGCGUAUUCCCCUUUAAGGGGCUGGGCAUCUCUCCCGCCCUCUCCAGAGUCGACUGAAGUUUCCGAGGAGCCUCCCUAGCUGGGUUGGACACACCUUUCAAAAGACCCCUAAUCGCGCUCUGUGCACCUCAAACGCUCUUUUCCCUGGUGCUGUCCCCUGCCCCUCUCCCUGACUUUCCUCUUCUUAACUACAAGAUUCAGCCUCUCCCUAAGGGGUUUGAGCAUCUUCAAGGUCUCCCCCCCUUCACUGCUCCGUCCCCGGAUGGAGCCAGAGAAAUGUGGUGGGGGGGUCGGGGCCAGAGUUUCAACAUCGCCCCCCAGAAGGCGGAGCCAGACAUGGGGCUCUCUGGGCCAAAGUCCGUCCAGAGGACUGGGAUGCUGGAGUCCAGGAGUUGUCAGCUUGGCCGUCAGCUGGCCACGGGAUGCCUCCCAGGGGAGCAGAUCCUAGCAUGGGCCCCAGGGGUAAGGAAGGGGCUGGAACCUGAAUUGCCUGGAACCCUGAUCUGCACCAACUUGAGGGUCACCUUCCAGCCCUGUGGAUGGCAACGGAGUCAGGAGACUCCCCUGAGCAGUGAAUAUGAUUUUGUCCUGGUCAACAUUGGGCGAUUAGAGGCUGUGAGUGGAUUGUCCAGAGUCCAGCUUCUCGGUCCAGGGUCCCCACUUAAAUUUAUCCCUGAGGAGAUUCUCAUUCAUGGCCGAGACUUCCGGCUGCUCAGAGUUGCUUUUGAGGCUGGAGGACUAGAGCCUCAGGCCUUUCAGGUGACCAUGGCCAUUGUCCGAGCCAGAGCUCAGAGCAGUCAAGCCCAACAGUAUGCAGGGAUAUCCCUGAGCAAGGCUGGCCAGAGUUCAGGGUCCAGAAAACCACCUAUCCCCCUCUUGGAGACAUCAGAAGACUGGGAGACUGAGCGGAAAAAGCAGGGGGCCAAGGGCUGGAGAGUCAGCACUGUCAAUGAGAGGUUCGACGUAGCCACCAGCCUCCCCCGUUAUUUCUGGGUCCCGAAGCGAACUCUGGACAGUGAGGUCAGGAGAACAUUUGGCCACUUCCAUCAGGGCCGUGGACCGCGCCUGUCCUGGCAUCACCCUGGGGGCAGUGAUCUUCUCCGCUGUGGUGGCUUCUAUACAGCCAGCGACCCUAACAAAGAGGAUAUCAGAGCAGUGGAGUCAAUGCUCCAGGCUGGGCAUUCAGAUGUUGUGCUGGUGGACGCUGUGGAUGAACUGCCUAGUCUUACAGAUGUUCAACUUGCCCACUUGAAGCUGAGGGCCCUCUGCCUGCCUGAUUCAUCUGCAGCUGAGGAGAAAUGGCUCUCAGCCUUGGAAGGAACACGAUGGCUGGAUUAUGUCAGGUCUUGUCUUCGAAAGGCCAGUGACAUCUCAGUCUUAGUGACAGCCAGGGUUCGCUCUGUAGUACUCCAAGAGCGCAGUGAUCGUGAUUUCAAUGGCCUCCUCUCUUCACUCGUCCAGCUGCUUUCAGCCCCUGGAGCCCGAACACUGCUUGGCUUCCAAUCACUAGUGCAGCGAGAGUGGGUGGCAGCUGGACAUCCCUUCCUGACCCGACUUGGAGUAACUGGAGCCAGUGAAGAGGCUCCAGUGUUUCUUCUCUUCCUUGAUUGUGUCUGGCAGCUCCUCCAGCAGUUUCCAGCUGAGUUUGAAUUCUCAGAAUUUUUCCUUCUUGCUCUUCACGACAGUGCCAGAGUUCCUGACACUCUCACAUUCUUGAGAAAUACUCCCUGGGAGCGCGGAAAGCAGAGCGGACAGUUCAACUCCUAUACACAAAUCUGUACCCCAGGGUACUCCCAACCCCUUGCUGGGAACUCUCUUAACCCACAACUGUCCGUCUGGGACUGGGAUUUACGUUACAGCAGUGAACAGAUACUACAAUUCCAUAAUCCUGGCUAUGACCCGGAAUACUGCCCAGAUUCCUGGCUCCCUAGACAGCAGACAAGCUUCCUGGUUCCUGGACCCCCCAGUUCUGUGUGGCUCUUCUCCAGAGGGGCCCUGACCCCCCUGAAUCAGCUCUGUCCUUGGCGGGACAGCCCCUCCCUACUGGGUGUCUCUACUCGUUGGCUCCCUCGACCAGCUAUCUCCUCUGAAAGCCUGGCUGAUCAGGAGUGGGGGCUCCCCUCACACUGGGGAGCUUGCCCUUUGCCCCCGGGGUUGCUGCUGCCUGGAUAUCUGGGACCCCAGAUCAGGCUGUGGAGACGCUGCUACCUGAGGGGAAGGCCUGAGGUCCAGAAAGGCCUCUCAGCUCCCACAAUCUCUGGCCUCCAGGAUGAGCUAUCCCAUCUUCAGGAACUUUUAAGGAAAUGGACACCAAGAGUAUCUCCUGAGGAUCAUUCCAAGAAAAGAGAUUCACAUACCAUUCUCUCCAAUCCCAUUGAAAUUGCUGUCUUUUUUAUGGGCCUGGCAGAGGGCGGUCGGGGGUGAGGGAGGGUUCUUUUUAAUUUUCCAAUUUUUAUUAUCUGGUCUUGCUGUCUCAGCUUUUGACACUCCAGCCCUCAGCAAGCUCACUGAUCAACUUUCCAUUGCAGAUGGGUGGUGCUAACCUCCCAACUCUUGCCCUGUCCUGUUUUGUUGCUCAAGAUGUUUCUUAGGAUUUGAGGAAUUAAGAAACAAAAGCAAUCCUGAAUAAGAUUACCUUUGUUUUUUUCAAGGCAAUUCUAUCCCUUUGGAUAUCCAGCUGUUAAAUGUGAGAUGGGAGAUGCUGUUUGUCAGUUCUAAAAAGAUGGUCUACAGAACUCAUUCUCACUUCCUCCUGCUGCUUACUCCCAGUUUGUUUCUUCCCUUUCUUUCCUAUGGGUAUGUCGUGGGUAUGGGAGGCACCCUGUCUCUGACAACUGUAUAUUUUGUAGUGACAUUUCUAUUUAAGGAGUUCAUUAAAGCACAGUUAUUUAUACAUGU